GUGCCAUGAUUGCCGAUGAAAACAAUUUUAGUUCAUGGUGAAGUCUUUUUUUAAUUUACAAGCCCUCAGUUUGUGUGUGAAUGCUAAAUUAAGUACAGUGUAAAUUUCUUCUCACAAUGUUUAGAAAUUUACAAGUUCUGUCUCAAAUUGGGGCAUUUGCUGCUCGCAAAAUUGGAAUCUUCCCCAACCAAAUUUUGAGACCAUUCACACUGUCCUCCGUCAAUAGGCUGAAAGAAAUUCACGAGAAAAGAGAGGGAAACAACCUCACCAUUGAAGGAGUUUAUGUUGACCUUCCUAAAUCCAAUUUGAUAUUGGAAAAGUCAUUUACUAAUAAAGAUGUCUGCUCUAUUUGCGCCCUAGGAGUUGAAGUCAAACACACAGAUGUAUUGAUCUUGAGCCAGUUUGUGCGGCCUGAUGGACUGAUGCUUCCAAGACGAACCACCGGCUUGUGCAGGAAGCAACAGAAAAGGAUCGGCACCAUGGUUACCAUGGCACACAAAGCAGGAUUGAUGUCCAAUUUGAAUCCAACAUACAGUAAAAAGGAUCCGGAGAAGAGAGGCCAAUGGAAGAAGUUCAAGAGCUACUUUGACGAAUCAACUAUCGGAAAGAGGAAACCACCCAAGCCGGAAUGGAAAUGGAUUUGGAAGAAAAGAAACUUUUACGAGAAGGUUUAAAUUUACAUGCUUGAUAAAUUUGAUUAUCAGAAAAUAAACAAGAAGAUUUAAUUAGUA